CUCUCACCACCCCCACCUCUCCUGCCCAUCAUGCCCGACGGCUCCGGUCCGCCGUCUCAGCGCCGCGCCACCGAGGCUGGCUCCUCGCGGCCCGAAAAGGUGCACCCGCUCCUCACGCGUGCCCAGCUGGCGGCGCGCAUAGCCGCCGGCGAGACGCUGGUGCUGCACGGCGUGCGCAUCUACCGCCUCGACGCCUGGCUCAAGCGCCACCCGGGCGGCGAGCUGGCCAUCCUGCACUUUGUCGGGCGCGAUGCGCGCGACGAGAUCGAGGCGUACCACUGCGACGCCACGCUGCGCCGCAUGCGCGCCUUCCAGGUCGCCACCCUGGCGCCGCAGGACGUGCACCCCGAGACGGGCUACAAGCCGCUCAUGCCGCCCGUGCAGCUCGGCUACCGCGCCGGCAAGCUCGAGACGCCCGACGCGCAGUGGCUCGCAUGGACGCAGUCGCAGCAGGGCGCAGAGGAGGCGUCCAAGACGGGCAGUGGCGCAGAUGACGAGCCGGCGGAGAAGGCAAGAGCACACGCUGCGCCGGCAGCCGAGCGGCCGCAAGGCUUCCCGCUGCCUGUCGCCAUGCUCGAGCCGCCAGCACCGCCGGCCGGCAUCGAGCCGGCGCGCGAGCAGGCCAUCUCGAAGGCCUAUCGCGUCCUGCACGACGAGGUCAAGGCGGCGGGUCUCUACACGCUGCGGCCCGCCGGCUACAUGCGCGAGCUGUCUCGCUACGCCGUGCUCUUCGCUGCCUUUGUCGGCUGCUAUGCGCACGGCUACUUUCUGCUCUCAUCGCUCUGCCUCGGCCUCUUCUGGCACCAGGUGACGUUCUCGGCGCACGAUGCCGGCCACAGCGGCAUCACAGGCAACCACGCCGUCGACCGCGCCAUUGGCAUCUUUAUCGCCUCGCCGCUCGGCGGCCUCAGCCUGGGCUGGUGGUGCGACAACCACGACGUGCACCACCUCGUCACGAACCACCCGGAGCACGACCCGGACAUCCAGCACAUGCCCUUCUUCGCCAUCAACCCGGCCUUCCUCGUCGCCGCCGCGCCCUCCGAGGCUGGCGGCAAGGAGGCGCCGGCGCCUGGGCCGCACGGCCUCUGGAGCACGUACUACCGCCGCUCCCUCUUCUUCGACGCGCCGGCGCGCUUCUUCCUCAAGCACCAGCACGCGCUGUACUACGUCGUCAUGUCGCUCGGACGCUUCAAUCUCUACGCCAACUCGUACGGCUUCCUGGCCAAGCGUCCCGCACACCGCCGCGACCGCUGGUGGCUCGCCGAGGUGGCCGGCCUCGGCGUCUUCUGGGCGUGGUUCGGCGCGUGCCUGGCGCACUGCCCCGACUGGACCACGCGCGUCCUCUUUGUGCUCAUCAGCCACAUCUCCACGAGCCCGCUGCACGUGCAGAUCGUGCUGUCGCACUUUGCGCGCUCCAGCGCCGAUCUCGGGCUGUACGAGAGCUUCGCGUCGCGGCAGGUGCGCACAACGAUGGACGUCGCCUGUCCGCCCUUCCUCGACUUCCUGCACGGCGGUCUGCACAUGCAAGUCACGCACCACCUCUUCCCGCGCGUGCCGCGCCACAACCUGCGCGAGGCGCGCGACCGCUUCACGGUCCCCUUCUGUCGCAAGUGGGGCCUCGACUAUGCCGAGUACGGCUUUCGAGAGGGCAAUGGCCGCGUGCGGGACACGCUGCGCAACGUCGCUAUGCAGGUGCGCCUGCUUGGCAAGGUGGCGCGCGCGCAGGCACUCGGCGAGCUGCACUAGCGCUGGCGCUUUGCCGCUUUCGUCCCCUCUCCUUUCCUCGUGGGCCAAUGCAUCAUCUAUGCUCUCCUG